AUGACAAGCGGGGACAUUAUUUAUGAGAAGAUCCACUUCAGACAUGACCCGAAAUGGAGCGGCCGCUCCGGGGCUGCGGAGGGCGGCGGCCUGUUGCUGUGUGUGGCCUGUGUCAUCGAAAUGAUCCAGUCUCCAGAUGUCGCGUUGGUGAGGAAGUCUUUCGCCCUGUCUGGUGUCAGUGCGCUGCUGAAGUGUUCACCGGGGACCUUGAGAGAGCUGCUGCAACAGGACCAGAGCGUCUGUCGCUACUUUACAGCUUCACUGCUGGGGAUGCUUCAAACCGUGGAGGACCCGGCGACUCUGGAAAAGGUUGAACAAGUGCUGGUUCAGCUGUUGGUGGAGCUCCAGAGCGAGCAGUCACUGCGCUUCAUUUUGGACGACAUUCACAAACAGCUGGCUGACCAGUUCACCUCGAAGCGCUUCCUUCCUACGUUCAACUUCUUGGGAGGCCUUGUGAAGACGGUCCCUCAUGUGGCCAACAUCCUUGUUACCCAUUAUGUCCCCUUUCUGGACCAGCUGUGCUCAGCCUUGCUUUACCCAGAUGAGGCUCUCAGGACUUCAGUCCUAAACGUGUGGAUCCAGCUGUUUGGGACCCCUGGGGGCUCAGCAGUCCAGUCUUUGCCCAGCGCCAUCCGGGACAGCGUGUGUGUGCUGCUGCUGCAUACUUUAGCCAACGCCAGCUCUCCGCAGCUCAUCGGGAAUUGUCUCGGCCUGCUGUGGCAGCUUCUGCAGCUGAGCGAGGCGGUGUCAGUUCUGAUGAACUGCUCCGGCAGUCCGAUCAUGUGCGAUGAGAACCAGGACGUCAGCACCAACAACAGCCAGAUCCUCGGCCAGAACCAAGAGCAACAGCGCGGCGACCACUGCCCGCUGCCCCUCGUCCUGAAAAAGUUGCUGCUGAGUGGCGAUGAGAUAUUGCAGGUGACCAGCGCAAAGUGUAUUGCGUCAGUUCUGGCUCACUCUCCCAGUCAGUACAGCGCUCCCUUCAUCAAGGCCGACAUCCCCGAGUUCCUGUUUGACCGUCUGGCCUGCAGCAGCAGUGACGUGCUGCUCUGGUCCGUCUAUACCUGUUUGUUGUUGAUGACCGAGGACCCGCUCUUCUUUUCCCAGUGUCACUCUGUCUAUGGUAUUGAGUGUUUGGUGCGAAGUCUCCAAGAGGCUCUGAAACUGACCAACCCAGAUGUGGCCAGGCAAGGCUUGCAGCUCCUGACAACAAUACUGGAAAGACAGCCUCCGAGCGUGCGCCUGUUCCCCAGCGGCCCGGGGUUUGUGGCGGUCUCCCAGGCUGUGGCGGCUGCUGUCACCUCCUCCUGCCUGCUGGUCGCCACACAUGCUGCCAGAGCGGCCGCCGCCUUGGUGAGCCGGAAUCACCAAUCUAACCCAGUCCAGUACAAGGCCAUAGAGGAGCUGAUGACGGCCAUCAGCACCAGGUUCUGUGAGCAGCCUCUGAUGUCUGCGUCUGCUCAUCGGCGCAGCUCUGGAAGGUUAAAGAGGUCUGAUCCCAACAGCCAGGCAGUGAGAGCUGAAGGAUUUCUUCAACAGGCCCUCACCUGUUUUCAGGCUGCCUGCAGGCUGGCUGAGGAGUGCGCGUCGGAGCCUCUUCUGAGGGAGAACACCUUCACAGCUCCGUAUAAACAGGGCGACGCCGACGACUCGCUGGACUCUUUAUGCCGGUGUCUGCUGCACCUCUGCGACUCUGUGUGGAUCCCCACCGUCACUAGAAUGCUAAAUUGUGCACCGAGUGCAAAGAUGCUGCAGCCCUUCUACGCCAUCCUGGCGCACCAGUUUACCCUUCUACCGUCUCUCAUGCCUAUCUUUGCAAGCAAACUCGCGGCCUCGGGUUUCUACAGGCUAGCGAUGGAACAUAAAGCCCUCCUCUGUGCAGAAAACAGAAACCCAGAGCUGGAUGCAUCUUGCUGUGGUUUUCUGCAGAAACUCAGCAUGAGUCUCGUUUCCCACUCAGACCCCUCCUCUGUCUUUUACCGGCAUGAUGUGGCGGAGGUGGAGAACAUGCUGCUGUGCAGCCUUCCAGUCCUGUGUUGUCAUCCGUCGGACUGGUCCUCUCUGCUGUGUGACUGCCAAGGACCGAAGGUGGCUCGGUUCUGCCUGGUGAUAAUGCUCUGCCUGGCCUUUCAGCACGGAGACAGGCUCCUUCCAGACCAAACCGUCUUCUCCAGUGUGAUGUGGUUGUUGCAUUCGGUGCAGGAGGAGGGCGACUGCUCCCCGCCUCGCUCCGUGCUCCGCUCUGCCCUCUACCUGCUGGCGGUAACGCAGGACAGGAGCCCCGGCCUGGAUGGGGCUUCUUUGAACUGCAUCAGCAAGACACUCGCCUCCUGCCAAACCUUCUCCGCCCUGUACUUCCACCAUCCCGCACUCCUCCACUUCAUCUGUCGCUAUCCGGAGCUCGCAGAGAAAUUUGGGCCCUUGGUCCUGGAGCUUUGGCUGGCCAAGCCCGCGCAGCCCACUGAUGCAGAGCCGGCUGUGGCUGACUCGGAGUCAAAAGGUGGGAAAAGAGAAAGUGAAGCAGGCUCGAGUGAGGAUCAGCAGCACGACACAGAAACUGUGGAGCUGUUGAGUCUGAUGGAGAAGCAUCCAGCUGUCAUACUGACCCUCCUGGAUAUGAUUUGCUCCAGAGAGGCUCCCCUGGCACAGCGAGUCCAGGGCGUGCUGGAAGUCCUCCUGCAGAGUCGAAGAGGCUACGAGGCUGACCUGUGUAAAAAAAUCAAACUCGCAAUUCUGCGGGCGUUGCAGCGGAUCCACGUGGACAACAUAAGACACUGUCCUGGAACGACUCCGCAGGGUGCAAUCUCGCUGCCUCUGCUGCUGAAGCUGCUUUGUGUCACACAGGCCAGUGACCUGCAAUCAUCCUCACUGUACAGUAAUAUGGAAGGAGUGCACUUCAAGCUGCUUUACCACGUGAAUAUCAUCACAGGGAGGUUGAAGCCGACCAACACAGAAAGCCUCCUGCCUGCCUUCAGCUACCUGUACUGCUGCCUGAGUCUGUCCCCUGAACGCUGCACUGACAGAGCUGUCCCCAUGCUGCUCUCCAACACCGGCUUGAUGAACCAGCUGCAGGGAGUCAUCUCCUCCACCUCCACAUCCUCCUCCUCUUCCUCCUCCUCCUCCUCUCCAUCACUCUCUCCAUCAGGUGGUCCUCCUCUGGCCCUGUUGUGUUGCUGCCACCUACUCCUGUCCUCCCUCAUUGCCUUGCAGCACGUGCGCUCCACUCAGGUCUGCAAGAGCAUCAGCUGGAGCCUGGACACGGCCGUGCAGCAGCUCCUCAUUCAGAAAAGACAGUACAACAGUCUCUUGCUGGUGAGCUACCUGAGGCUGCUGCAGGCUCUGCUUGAUGCCGACAUGGCGUCGGCUGUGGUCCAGCUCAGCACCGGUCCCGAUUUGGUUGGGCCCAGGCCUCUCGGAGUGGAAGACGGUGCUUUGUAUCCGCUCGGCUCCAGAGGAGCUCAACACCUCUCAACUGUGCUCCACGAGCUUCUCCUGCAGAAGCACGAGUUGCUGUUGAGAGCUUCAGUCAACUGUCUGGGCUCCCUGCUGGGCUUUCUGCAGAGGAAGAGUCCCACCACAGCCAAGUUUGUGGUGUGUCAAACAUGGAGUGAUUUCUUCUUCCUCGACUGCCUGCUCAGCUCUGGAGAGAGCAGCCUGCUGCACCCUGCCAAUCUCAGACUCAUCACGCUGCUGCUGCAGGACGGUGGCACAGCAGCGCUGGAGGAGCCUGACCUGCUCCAGGUGGUGGAGGCUGCAGAGCGGAGGGGGGUGAAGGAGCUGAGCCGGGAAGCUGCGCUGACCCUCAGGCUGCUCCUGACGCAGGUCCAGAACAGAGAUCUGUUCUCCUCUGAAGGACACAAGCAGCGAGUGAAGAACCUGAUGGAGGCUCUGGAAGCAGAGACGCCUUUCGAAAGCUGCAGCCCCAGACUGUCCAGCGACAUCCUUCGUGUCGAAGACGUGUCCAUCUGCCUGUGUGACUUCACUCUGGCAGAGAUCUGAUGUUCGACUGUUCAAGUUCACGUCGUUCACGUGCGCGUUACUUUUCUGAACUUUGUUUUUUUUUUCCGUUCUCCUUGAAGCAGCACUUCAUAUGUACGCCCCAAAUAAUUAAUUUUCUGGAUUAUCUAUCGCCUAAUUUCUACACCCACCGUAACGCGGCGAUGCUUGUUGUACCAAUAAAACCCUUCGAGUCCUUUUCACUGGAAUAAAUUCUCAUUUUUUAUUCAUCACCCCGUUCAGAGUGACCAGUUCAGCCGUGCUCUCAUCUACAGUCCACUGACCCGCUUUGCUCAAGGGCAGCGGAGUUGAUGAGGGACACAUCAAGAUUUUAUCCUGCAACUUUCCAGAUGCGAGCUUUCAAGGUGGUUUGAAGUUUAUUAGCGGGCUCUGGAUGUGUCGGUGAGGCUGCGAGGUGGACGAGGCCUCGGGGGGCUGCCAAGGUUAGCAGCUGUUAGCAGAGCACUGGGGAGGACAGGUGGGGGGUUUGCUUUGAAGGUCUUUUUCUCCCAAACUCGAUAUAUUUU